GAUUUAUAUUGUUACAUUAUUUAAAAUAAAAGCUUGAAUCUGCUCCUGUCUUAGUGAGAGAGGAAGAACAACCAGAGAGGAAGAGGGCGGGCUUUACAUGGAGUCACAUUAAAAUAAAAACCAUCCCUCAGACAGCUCAGUAGCACAAUGGAGGAAACGUCUGUACGAUGUCUGCUCUUUCUGCUCUCACUGAUGAGCUGCAGAACAAACCAGGUGAAGCUGAACCUGAGUCCCAACAGAUCUCAGUUUUUUAAAAGAGAUUCUGUGACUCUGAGCUGUGAGGAUGAAGACAGAUCUGCUGGAUGGACUCUGAGGAGAAACACCACCAGCAAAACCAGAAGUCAGUGUGGAGAUGGAUGGGGAAGACCAUCUGGUUCCAGCUGUACCAUCAGUCACAUGGUCUGGUCUGACAGUGGAGUUUACUGGUGUGAGUCCAUGGAGGCAGCAGCCAGUCAGAGCAUCAACCUCACUGUUUCUGGUGGAUCAGUGAUCCUGCAGAGUCCUGUCCUCCCUGUGAUGGAGGGAGAUCCCCUCACUCUGAGCUGUCAAUCAAAGCAGGACUCCCGCCUCCCAGCUGCUUUCUAUAAAGAUGGCUCCCUCAUCAGGACUGAGCCCGGAGGUCACAUGACCAUCCUCCAUGUUUCCAGGUCUGAUGAAGGCCUCUACAGGUGUAACAUCAGCAGUCAUGGAGAGUCUCCAUCCAGCUGGAUCUCUGUCACAGUUCUGCUCUCACUGAUGAGCUGCAGAACAAACCAGGUGAAGCUGAACCUGAGUCCAAACAGAUCUCAGUUUUUUGAAGGAGAGUCUGUUUCUCUGAGCUGUGAGGAUGAAGACCGAUCUGCUGGUUGGACUCUGAGGAGAAACACCACCAGAAGAACCAGAACUCAGUGUGGAGAUGUAUGGGGAAGACCAUCUGGUUCCAGCUGUAACAUCAACAACAUGUUUCCACAUGACAGUGGAGUUUACUGGUGUGAGUCCAUGGAGGCAGCAGCCAGUCAGAGCAUCAACCUCACUGUUUCUGGUAAGAUGAGCUGUGCAGUCAGUGCUGAUGAAGCUGUGUGUGAAUGGAUGAAAUGCUGUAGUUUGUCUCUGUGUUGAGGUGGAUCAGUGAUCCUGCAGAGUCCUGUCCUCCCUGUGAUGGAGGGAGAUCCCCUCACUCUGAGCUGUCAAUCAAAGCAGGACUCCCCCCUCCCAGCUGCUUUCUAUAAAGAUGGCUCCCUCAUCAGGACUGAGCCCGGA